AUGUCUGCCGCCGCCGAUACUCCUCCUCCUCCUCCCAACAACAACAAUGGCCCUGUUCGUAGCUACGCUUUGGACAAGGCGUCGGCCGUUCGGUCGAUGGGCGGCUUUGCCGUCCAGGGAGACUCCUCGGACGAGGAGUAUGACAUUCCGCACCUGCUAACGCCGCAUCCGCGCCUCCGCCGCAUCGUUCGCGAGCUCGUUCUUACCGCCGCCAAAGGCGACCAUAUUGUUUCGGCUGCCCGUGCCAAGACGGCUGAAUUGCCCGGCCGCCGCGUUCGCCUCUCCGCCCCGUUUCGCCAGCUUGGCGAUACCUGGCGUGAGCUCUAUAAUGCCGCCAGGACGACUCCCGCCGACGUUGUCCCCGCUACUCCCCUUACCCCCGCCGGCGGUGCUGCCCGUGGUGCCGCCGCUGCGGCGCUGCCCUCGACUCCCGGCGACCCCAUGGGUGCCCUGGUGCUGGCCUCGCAGGCCCUAACGCCGUUGCGCAGCGGUGGUGUGCAGCAGCAGUAG